GGACAUACUUCUGCUCCCUAGAAAGAACCAGGGCUGCUGGUGUGUGUCCUCUCAGCCCCUCGAGCACAUGGGAAGUCCAGGAGACCUGGGUCUUUGUCCUGCCACUAACCUGCCGGAUGGCUGUGGAUAGGCCAUGUGACAGCCCAUCAGGAGGUCCGAACCUGGGUCCCAUGAACCUUGCAAGGCUGCCAUGAAGCUGUAUGAAAACAACCACUGAAAACACAUACUGUCCCAAGGGGUGGCCUCCCUGAUAGAGUUAAUCCCCAUCUCCUGGCUGGCCCACCCUGGCGCUGGCCGCCCUUAAUCAAGGCGUCACCUCUGUUCUCUCUUCCUGCUGGGAUCAGGAGAUGCUGUCCGGAGCCUGGCUGUGCUGGGCCAGCCUCCUGCUCCUGGCCAGGCCCUCCCAGCCCUGCCCUGCGGGCUGUGACUGCUUCAUCCAGGAGGUGUUCUGCUCCGAUGAAGGGCUGGCCGCCAUCCCGCCGGACAUCCCACCCCAUGCCACAGAUAUCAUCUUUGUAGAGACCUCGCUCACCACGGUGGGAACCCGGGCCUUCAGCGGCAGCCCCAACCUGACCAAGGUGGUUUUCCUCAACACCCAGCUCCAGCACUUCGGGCCCGACGCCUUUGGGGGGCUGCCCGGGCUGGAGGACCUGGAGAUCACCGGCAGCGCCUUCUCCAACCUCAGCGCCAGCGCCUUCUCCAACCUGACCUCGCUGAGGCAGUUCACCCUCAACUUCAACGCGCUGGAGGCUCUGCCCGAGGGCCUCUUCCAGCAGAUGCACGCCCUGGAGUCUCUCCAGCUACAGGGUAACCGGUUCCAGAGCCUGCCGGGGAGGCUCUUCUGGCCCCUGAGAGGGCUGAAAACCCUCAACCUGGCCCAGAACCUGCUGUCCCGCUUGCCUGAGGAGCUGUUUGAGCCCCUGGGGAGCCUGCAGACCCUGAGGCUGAGCAGCAACGUGCUCUCCGGCCUGCCCCCCGGCGUGUUCAGCCAGCUGGGCUGCCUUCGGGAGCUCUUCCUUGACAGCAAUGCCAUCAAGGAGCUGCCACCAGGAGUGUUCGAGGGGCUCUUCCGGCUGGAGAAGCUGUGGCUGCAGCACAACGCCAUGGGCCACCUGCCGCUCUCCGUCUUCUCCUCCCUGGGCAACUUGACCUUCCUGAACCUGCAGGGGAACGCGCUGCAGGGGCUGCCCGCCGGCCUCUUCGCGCCCACCCCGGGCCUGCUCGGCCUGUCUCUGUCCUACAACCAGCUGGAGGCCGUCAGCGAGGACGCCUUUGCCAACCUGUCCAGACUCAGUUCCCUGACGCUGUCGCACAAUGCCCUCACCCAUCUCCCCGCCGGCGUCUUCAGGGACCUGCAGGGGCUGGUCAGGCUCUACCUGGGCAGCAACAACCUGACGACCUUGCACCCAGCGCUCUUCCAGAACCUGUCCAAGCUGGAGCUGCUCAGCAUCUCCCAGAACCUCCUGACCACGCUCCCCGAGGGCAUCUUUGACACGAACGACAACCUGUUCAACCUGGCCCUGCGCGGCAACCCCUGGCAGUGCGACUGUCACCUGGCCUACCUCUUCGGCUGGCUGCGUGAGUACAGCGACCGGUUCUUCAACACGCAGACCUACUGCUCGGGCCCCGCCUACCUGAAGGGCCAGCUCCUGCCCGCCUUGCAGGAGGAGCAGUUGGUGUGUCCCGUCACCGGCAACCAUCUGGGCUUCCAGGCCCCAGGCUCAGAGGACGGAGAGCUGGGGGCCCCCUGGGACCUGGCUGCGGAGAAGGCGGUCGGGAGCCGGUGCACCUACAGCCACCCCGAGGGCACCGUGGUGCUCGCCUGCGACGGUGAGGAUCGGUGCCGCUGGUUGAAUGUCCAGCUGUCCCCCAGGCCGGGGUCAGGCCCCCCGGCACUAACGUUCAAUGGCAGCCAGCACUGGGACUUGAAGUCGAGGUGCGGCUCCGUGAGGCUCACCGUGGCCAUUGAGGCCCGGCCAGGGGGGAGCUAGGUGCAGGGCGUGCGGAGCCGGGAGCCUGCCUAGGUGGCCUCCGGGGGCCCACCCAGGCCAGAGGUGGGGGCCAAGAGGGAGCCGAAGCCCUGCCUCUAGAGGUGCUGGGAAGGAGCUGCAUUUCCCAGGUGGAGGAG